AUGUCCACGGGCGCGGCGGGCGGCGUGCGACGGCGCCGGCGGACGUGGCGCCUGUACUGGUGCUACGUGUGCGGCCGCGCGGUGCGCGCCGUCUCGUACCCGACCUCGGACGUCUUCUGCCCGCGCUGCUUCGGCCGCUUCCUGCACGAGAUCGACCUGCCAGCGCCGCGGCCCGUGGUCCCGCCGGCCGACCAGUUCUUCCAGCCGCCGUUCCUCCCGCACGACGGUCCCCGCCGCUGGGACGAGGACGACUACGACGUCGACGCGCCACCGCCAUUGCCACCACCUCCCGUUGGCUGGGACGAGUUCUUCAUCGGGGCUAACCUGGACGCUCUCAUCGAGCGGCUCACGCAGGACGACCGCCCUGGGCCGGCGCCGGCGCCGGAGUCAGCCAUCGAGUCGCUCCCCACGGUGCAGGUCUCCCCGGCGAACCUGUCGGACGGCUCGCAGUGCCCCGUGUGCAAGGAGGAGUUCGAGCUCGGGGAGGCCGCGAGGGAGCUGCCGUGCAAGCACGCGUACCACACGGACUGCAUCGUGCCGUGGCUCCGGCUCCACAAUUCGUGCCCGGUCUGCCGACAGGAGCUGCCGCAGCAGCCGGCGGACGGGGCACAGGAUGACGGCGGACGCGAAGAAGGAAGUGGCGAGAUGGAGACGGAGACGGAGGCGCCGCCGGGGCCGGUGGUGAUGGCUGGAUGGGGUCCCCUGGCUUGGCUGCCAUUGUCACGCGGGCCGGACGGGGACGGUCGGGUGAGGAAUGAAGCGAAUGACGGUGACGGUGACGGUGACGCUGACGCCGCCGGCGGUGGUUCUUGUGCACCGGCUAUCCUUCAGUCUUUUGUCGUCGUCGCUGCUUGCUUUGUCGUCCUCUCGUUCUUCGUUUGAGACUAGUACGAACCGCGCGCAAUGGCUGAGUAAACACAUGUAGGUUUAUAUGCAGGUUUUGCAUGCUACACAUGCUAAAUAUAAUGACAUGCAGGCGGUGGUGCUCGACUACAGAAUUUUCCUUUUGCUUAUUGGGUAGCACAUCCUUA